ACAGUGAUAGGGGAGCCCUCUGUGAGAGGCUCCGGGGCCACAGGACAGCAAGGGUGGUAGUGAGAGAGAGGGUAGGGUAGGGAAAUGGGUCUAGAAUGGAGCAGUCCAGAGGAGCGGCAGGCUCUGCUGGCCCCUUCCGGGCCCCGUGGCCCCAGAGUGUACAGUCGUCGGUGGCUGGUGCUGCUCCUCUUUUCGCUGCUGGCAUUCAUGCAGGGCCUGAUCUGGAACACUUGGGGGCCCAUCCAGAACUCAGCCAAGGUUGCCUAUGGAUUCUCCAGCCUGGACAUUGCGCUGCUGGUCCUGUGGGGGCCCAUUGGUUUCCUGCCCUGCUUCUUCUUCAUGUGGCUGAUGGAUAAUCGGGGUCUGCGUGUGACCGUGCUGCUGACCAUCUUCCUGAUGGUUCUCGGGUCCGGGUUGCGCUGCGUGCCGGUGCCGGACCUGUUCCUGCGUAGAAGAUUGAUACACGGGGGGCAGCUUUUGAACGGAUUUGCCGGCCCGACGGUGAUGAACGCGGCUCCGUUCCUGUCCACGACGUGGUUUUCCCCGGAUGAACGCGCCACCGCUACGGCCAUUGCAUCGAUGCUGAGCUAUCUGGGGGGCGCAUGCGCCUUUCUCAUUGGACCCCUGAUAGUUCCUGCCCCCAAUGUGACCGCUGAUCUCGCUGUGGGGCUCGGGCAUAUCGGACCCAUAAAGGACCGCAUCGAGGGAGUGAUGUAUGCAGAGUUCGGAGUCACGGCCGUGCUGUUUGCCGCCGUUUUGGCCUAUUUCCCUUCCCGUCCUCCGGUCCCCCCCAGCGUGGCUGCCGCCAGUCGCCGGCUGAGCUACAGGAGCAGCAUCUGCAAGCUUCUCAGUAAUGUGCAUUUCCUGCUGAUCGUCUUGGCCUACGCGAUUCCGCUGGGAUUCUACGCCGGGUGGGCUGGGGUCCUGGACUUGAUUUUAACCCCCGUUCAUGUGAAUCAGGUUGAUGCCGGCUGGAUCGGCUUCUGGUCCAUUGUUGGCGGAUGUGUGGUCGGAAUAUCAGUCGGAUGGUUUGCUGACUCUGUCCGCGGGAUCCUCAAACCCAUCCUCGUGCUGCUGUUCUCGGGGGCCACGCUGUCCGCCACGUGGUUCACGUUGACCUUUUUAAGCAACGUCACCCACCUGCCUUUAACCACAGCUACGCUUUACACGUCGUGCAUCCUCACCGGCGUCUUCCUGAACGGCGCGGUGCCCAUCUUCUUCGAGCUGUUUGUGGAGACCGUGUACCCCAUCCCCGAGGGCAUCGCCUGCGGACUCGUCACCUUCCUAAGCAACGUCUUCAUGGGACUCUUGCUGCUCUUUCUAACGUUUUAUCACAAUGAGCUGUCGUGGCUGAAUUGGUGUCUGACGGGAUCCAGCCUUCUCAGUCUCCUCUUCAUCCUGUGCUUCAGGGAGUCCUACGAUAGACUUUACCUCGACGUCUUCGUCUCGGUGUGAGCGCACGCUCCGGAGCCGCUACUCACUGCACAAAUGGCUGCUUUUGCACAAAGGACUCGAACUAACGGAGGAACCCGAGGAGUCGGGCUGCCAGGGGUUAAUCGGGUACAAAAAAAAAAAAAUACAAAAAA